AUGUCUUCUCGUGUUGAAAAUUACCUCACCGAACGUAAAGCCAUCGGUGGUCCAUUAGCAAACGAAUGGCUUGAACUUGACUCUCUUUAUCAAAGUCGUCUUUGGCAUGAAUUAACCUUACGCGUCACAGCAUUCGUUCACCGAGAAGAACUCCAACAAGGCGAACAAUUGCGAUCCUUUUAUGAAAACUUCCUGUCAGAUUUCGAACAUCGUAUCAAUCAGUUAGCACUUGUUGAAAUUAUCAUUCCUAUUUCGCGUACUUUCAAACAAGUCGAUGAAGCAAUUCUGUUCAUACAACAAAUUCGCGAAAAAGUCAAAGCAAACUCACUUGCAGUUUUACUUUGUGAUGUUACGAUUGGCAAGGCAUAUUUGGUGACGAAAAAUUUAAAUGAAGCAAAGAAAAUCAUCGAAGAUUUGACACCAAAAUUCGAUGAACUCGAUCACCUAACAACAGUUCAUUCGAGAUUUUAUGAUUUAGCGUCGAAUUAUUAUCGCGUCAUGGGAAAUCAUAGUGAAUAUUACCAAAAUGCUCUUAAAUAUCUUGGUUGUGUGGAUAUUUCCGUAAUGGUUUUAAAGGAAAAGGCUGAAAGAGCAUUUAAUCUUGGUCUAGCUGCAUUAUUAGCUGAAAAUGUUUAUAAUUUCGGUGAAAUUCUCCAACAUCCCGUCCUUGACGCUCUGAAAAACACACGUGAACAAUGGUUAAUCGAUCUUCUGCAAGCAUUCAACAUCGGCGACGUUGAGAAAUACGAAGCAUUAAAACCUGUCUGGCAAAUUCAACCUGAUUUACGUAUGGCAGAAGGUAUUUUAAAACGCAAAAUCACCUUACUUUGUUUGAUGGACAUGAUCUUUGUUGCUGGUGGUGUACGUGCACUAAGUUUCUCCGACGUUGCGGCACGAACGAAACUACCUGUUGAGCAAGUCGAAUUAUUAGCUAUGAAAGCUUUAUCAUUAGGUUUAGUCCGAGGAAGUAUCGACCAAGUCGAUGAGAAGUUGAAUAUGCACUGGGUGAAGCCACGUGUACUAGAUUUACGACAAGUUGGCACAUUGAAGAAACGUCUGGACCAAUGGACCAAUGAUGUGAAACAAAUGUCGGCUUUGGUCGAACAUCAAGCAGAAGAUAUUCUCUCCUAA